AUGAUAUUCUUAGAAAAAGGAAAGCCAGCAGUUUUGGAAUGAGAAAGAGAACAUCAACAAGCCCUGGAAUUAAAUAACAGAUAGGCAUAGCUGGCAGGAUUCGCUGUUCGAAAUGUCUGAAGAACAGAACCCAAAUACAGUGCAGGAGACCAUACUGAGACCUCCAGAACAUGCACCUGGAAGAAACGAGGACCCAACUUGCAAAGAUGGAGGCUCGGCUCGCUGUGGCAGAAGUGGGAAAACCGGAGGCUGCUCUACCUCUCCCUGCUCCGUUACUGACACUUUCGGAGGAGGAUGAUAUUGAGUCAUAUAUGCUAAUUUUUGAGCGUACCACUACACAUAAUCUUUGGCCAAAGACAGAGUGGACAUACAUACUUGCACCAUACCUGAAGGGUGAUGCGCAGCGGGCUUACUGCAAUCUCUCCGAGGAGGAGGCUGCCGAUUAUGACACUCUUAAAGGCGAGAUUUCCAAGUACUAUGGCAUCACCGUGGACCAGCCAACGAGGGAAUGGAGGCAGUGGAAAUUUGACCCUGAUAAGCCCAUAAAGACCCAGGCUUUUGAAUUCUGGAGGAAAACUAGGUGCUGGUUACGACUGGAUGUCAAUGCCAGACAGGUCGUAGAGCAGUUUGCCUGUGAGACCUUGGUUAAUUCCCUGCCUGACCAUUUUGCUCAGCAGGUCCGUAGACAAUCCUAUAGAAAUAUGGAUGCCCUUAUAGAGGUAAUCGAGCGACACUUGGUGAUCUCCAAGACUGAGAGGUCGGAUACAGACUGCUCGCCUAGCCCCACAGAGGCGUAUUGCUCAACCUGAGCCCUCCUGUCGCAGUACUGAGCCUCUGGUUAAGCCUAAAGAAAAACUGCCCAGUCCUCCCCACUGUUACAAGUGUGGGGAGCUGGGACAUAUCAUCCCUGCCUGUCCUCUUGGGGUCAAGCCAAUGGAUUGUUCCUGGGCACGUGGGGAAAGGUAUUGUGCUCUGUCUGUCCCUCAUACAGGAGUGGUUUUA